AGAACUGAAUUACAGAAAGAUGUUUAUUUUAAUGCUGAUAAAACUUAUCUUUUUGUUUAGGAAUGGAUUUUGCUUGAUAGGGGAGGCUCUACAAACAGUUUCGAAUCCUGGGGAUGUUGUUAUCGGUGGACUUUUCCCUAUACAUAACAAAGUCAUCACAAACAGCACGGUCAAGCCUACAGCAUGGAUGUGUGACCUAGCAAGCCCUGAUAUGGAAGUGCUGCUUUACAGUCAAGCAAUGAUCUACACCAUUGAGAGGAUAAACAAUUCCUCUCUCUUACCUGAAGUCAAAAUUGGAUAUGAAAUCUAUGACACUUGCUCUUCUGUCUUCACGGCGCUACGUGCCAGUUUGAAUCUGAUGAACGGAGAGUCUCCUGAUCAGACAUGUCUUAUACCCAAUGAUGAUGUUAAUAAUACUGUCAAGGCUGUUAUUGGGGAGCGCAGUUCAGAGGUUUCGGUUGCUGUGGCUCGUCUGCUCGCUCUGCCUUUGAUGACACAGAUCAGUUAUGCAUCGACAAGUGAGCUGUUGAGUAGCAGGUCCAAGUUUCCAUCUUUUUUCCGCACUGUCCCAAGUGAUAAACACCAGACUGAUGCCAUUGCCCAGUUAGUGCACAAGCUCAACUUUGUGCCUGUGGGAAUCAUUGGUAGUGAGGAUGAAUAUGGAAAAAAUGGUGCUGAGAGCCUCACUGAUGAUUUUAAACAGUACAAUAUAUGUGUGGAAUUCAAAAUAAUCCUACCGGCAGAUUUCUCACAGAACUCUACAUUCACUGAGCUUGAGCACACACUUGCAAAAACUCGUGCUGAAGCUAUUGUGCUCUUCACUAAAGAAACCAAUGCAAUGGUCAUCCUGAAGAAAGCUAUCAUGGCUGGUCUAAACAGGACAUGGAUAGCAAGUGAUGCAUGGUCCACUUCGAAGGAUAUCCUUGAACUGGAGCAUCUGUCAAAAUGUGGGAGGAUCUACGGUGUCACUUGUAAAAGAAACGAGGUGCCAGGCUUUAUGGAGUAUAUGGAUCAAUUCAUAAACCAAAGUAACACCAGUGGCAGUUUUUUCCACAAUCUUUUAUCUAAGAAUCCUUUUUGUUCCACUGAACCACAAGACCAAAACUGCUCCUCGUUUGCAUCAAAGCCAGUAAAUCAGGCUGGUGGACAGAACUGUAUUUAUAAGAAGUGCCUUAUGGACUUCAUCAGAGAAGAUCAAUCUUACGAGCCUUACAGUAUAUACACGGCAGUAAAUGUCAUUGCACAAGGCCUUGAAAGUUUGUUGCAGAAAUACAAUGGCACACAUUUUCCAGCAUGGAUGCUCACAGAAAGCAUCAAGCAAACCAGUUAUUCCAUAGAUAAUACUACAAACAUGACACUGAAUGAAAAUGGAGAAGUAAAUAUUGGAUAUGACAUUUUAGAAUGGAAAACUGAAACACCAAAGACUUUUACCACCAUUGGGAAGUAUGAGCAAAGCAAAAUAUCUGUUGAUGUGGUCCCGGAAAAUAACAAUGUCACUCAAUUCAACUGCUCUAAAUCUUGUAACCCAGGAUUUGAAUUGUAUACAGUGAAACCAGAGGAGCCGUGCUGCAAGGGUUGUAAACGUUGUGAACCCAAAUUUUUCUCCAAUGACGGCAUAAAAUGUCAACUAUGUGAAGCCUCGCAAAAAAAUUCACAGUGCACGACAGACUUCCUGGAAUGGACAGACGGCUUCAGUAUUACUCUAGCUGUAUUCUCCGCCAUAGGCUUGAUUGUCACGUUAAUUGUCACUGUUUUAUUUGUCAUCUACAGUCACACCCCUAUUGUAAGGGCUGCUGGUGGUCUCCUCUGUUUCCCUGCACUCCUUUCUCUUCUGGCUUGCUUCAUCAGCCCUUUCUUUUUCAUGGGGGAACCUACAGAUGCCAACUGCAGGGCAGGACUGCCCCUCUUCAGCUUGUCCUUCACCAUAUGUGCCUCCUGCAUCCUAGCCAACCUGCUGCAGAUCUCUGUGGGCUUCAGCUUUAAACUCAAGCUUGGUGUCUGGCUAAAGCGUGUUAAUCAGCCUGUCAUUGUGGUGUUGGUCUGUGUUAGUGUGCAGGUGGUCAUAUGUGCGUUUUGGCUAAUAAAAGGGCCACCUUUCAGCAUGGGCAAGAUCAAUGAAAACAGCGUCAUACUUGGCUGUAAUGAGGGAUCCAUUGAAUUGUUUGUGGCCACACAGGCGUACAUUGCACUCCUUUGUGUCAUCUGUUUCUUCUUUGCGUACAAAGGAAGGAAACUGCCAGAUUUGUACAAGAACGGCAGAUUUAUUACGAUUAGCAUGCUCAUCUACUUGGUGGUAUGGAUAAUUUUUAUUCCCAUAUACAUACAAGAACACGGGAAGAACGAGAGAGCCAUCGAAGCCUCUGCUAUUUUGGUUUCUGGUUAUGGCAUCCUGAGUUGUCAUUUUGCCCCAAAAUGUUACAUUUUGCUUUUCAAAAAAGAAAUGAAUGAUGAGAACAUGAUUGCAGAGUACAUCCGGAACCAUUACGAAAAGAAAGGCAUAAGGAUUAUGUCAUGAAAAAGCUUCACAUGUAUGAAAGACAAGUGAUUGACCCUCCCGAUGCUGCUGCCGCUGCAUAAUCAUAAACUAAUCAAAUUAACCAUUGUCCGACCUGUUUUCCCUGCUUUGAAAUAGAAUACUUUAUAAUAACAAUGUUUGCUAUCCGGUGUCGACCAGAGGAGGGUGGCUUCCUCUUCUGAGUCUUGG